AUGACGGCGAUUGCGCAGGAGACUUCUCGUAUGCGCGCCGCCAGAAUAGGCAAAAUGUCACACAUAACAAGGCGAAUGAACAUUGUGCGCAAUUUGAUGGUGGAUGCAGAGGCUUUAAAGGAAGUGAAAAUAAAUAUGAGCAAGUUUAAUGAGUUCGUAAUGGAAUUUAAAUCUCUACACAAAUCAUAUUCUGAAGGUUUAGAGCCAGAUGAGCAAAGGGAUGAUGACCAAACAUGGUAUCAGCCUAAAAUUGCUCUAAUAGAUGCCUUUGAAGCUGAGGUGUCCCGAUGGAUAUCAGAUCUUGAAAAUCCCUCAACGCACACCUGUGCUCCUCCACCUGAGGACAUUGCUAUAUCAAAAGACAGUGAUUUAAUAACUGGUCAUUUGAAGGACAAUUUAGAGGAGGCGGACGGCUUAUAUAAGCAUGAACUAACUGGUCACCCAGGCAUAGUGUCAAGAAGGGAGGCAUCAGUCAAGUCCUUCAGUUCAGGACGUUCGUCCAAUAUUUCCUCUUCAUCAUUGUGGAUUAGAGCGGAGGCGGAAAAAGCUGCUUUGACAGCCAGGGCAGCAAGGUUGCAGGAAAAGCAUAAUAUUGAAGAACAGGAGUUAAUGUGCAGGAAAAAAAGAGAGGUUUUGGAGUUAAAAACAGAAAUAGAGGCGGCUAAUGCUAAAAUUAACUACUUGAAGGAAGUAGAAGGUUUAGUGGUGCAUGCUGCGGGGCAGACAGCACCGGUUAUAGGGGCAGCAUUUGAUCCAUCAAGGUGUGGUUCACCUGUGGGAGGCCCAGCGGUUAGGUACAAGGAAGGAGUUCAGAUUCAGUUCCCCACUACUCUGUUCGACGCAUCUAUACCCCAAGUUCCACAUGCCAGGCUCCAACCUCAGCAGGCCCCAAUUCAGCAUGCCAGCCUCCAACUCCAACCCCAACCCCAGCAGACACCAGCUCAACAGCAGCAGGUCCCAGUUCUACCUCUGCAGGCCCCAGGUCAGCCUGGCGGUCUCUAUACCCAGCAGGCCCCCGUUCACCAAGCUAUGCCUGCCAGUUUCCAGUUCCAACCUCAACAAGCCACCCCCAGCUCAACGCAGAACAAUCAGCUGAUCAAAAUUCUGGAAGCCCAAAAUGAACUGACUAAGAUUCUUGUGAAACAGCAGCUUCUGUCCACCCUCCCACAAGGAAGUGUUCCCUUCUUUGAUGGAAACAUCUUGGAGUACAAGUCAUUCAUCCAUUCCUUUGAACACAUGGUGGAAAGUAAAACAGACAAUGACAAGGACAGGUUGCAGUUUCUCAUACAGUACACAAAGGGCCAUGCUCAAAAACUGAUCAAAAGUUGUGAAUAUAUGUCACCAGACAGGGGCUACCAGAAAGCCAAACGAUUAUUAAAAGAGAACUUUGGUCAUGACUUUAAAAUUGCCUGUGCAUACCUAGAUAAGGUCCAGACCUGGCCUCAAAUUAAAGCAGAGGAUUCCAAAUCCUUGCAGGAGUACGCCAUGUUCCUCAGGAGCUGCUGUAAUGCCAUGGAGGACACGGACUACAUGGACGAACUGGACACAGUGGCCAAUAUGAGAAACAUUGCGUUCAAGUUGCCCUUCAAGCUGAAGGAGAACUGGCGCAACAAAGCCUAUGAGCAGCAGGAGGAGCACAACCGCAGGGUGAGGGUUUUAGACCUGGUUAGCUUUAUAGAAAAGCAAGCUCGUGUGGCAGCCCAUCCAGUCUUUGGAGAGCUAAGGGUACAGGAGCAGUCAGCCAUAGGAAAGGCUAACGCUAGACCCUCUGUAAAGCCGCAACACUCAAUGUCAGCUAGUAGUAGUUUUGCCACGAGUAUUGCUAUUAGCCCAAUGAAAUCCAAGCCAGAGUCUGAGUCAGAGCCCAUUUGUCCACUUUGUAAAAACAAACACCCAUUAGAGUUGUGUAGACUGUUCAUUAAAAAGAAGCACAGAGACAAGCUUUGUUUCCUAAAGAGCCAGGGCAUGUGCUUUGCCUGUCUUUUAAUAGGGCACAUAAGUUCUGUUUGUCCAAAUCGUCAGACAUGUCGACUGUGUAAAAAAUCUCACCCAAGUGUCUUACAUUAUGAUAGAAAAGACAAGGUAUCGAAAGAGGUAGAAAAGCCCUCUAAAAAUGUAAGCAGCUCAGGAGCAGAGCUAUGUGGCCAUAUAGGGGCCGGGGACCAAGAGACUGUUCUGUCAAUUGUCCCAGUCAAAGUUAAGGCCGGGAAGGGCAGUCAGGUCCUAUCAGUUUAUGCUCUCCUUGACCCUGGAUCCUCCGCUAGCUUCUGUUCUGAACAGCUUAUGUCCCAGUUAAACAUAAAAGGAGUAAAGACCCAUAUCCUACUAAGGACUAUGAAUCAGAAAAAGUCUGUCCCAACUCACAUGGUAGCUGGGCUGGAAGUGUCUGCACUGGACAACAAUCAUUUCCUACCUCUUCCUGUUGUCUUCACACAGAAAGAAAUGCCAGUCACCACAAGCAGCAUCCCCAAACAGGAAGACAUAGCACCAUGGCCAUAUUUAGGCAACGUUAUACUCCCGAGCAUCAGUUCAAAGGUGGAGCUGUUAAUAGGCACAAAUGCUCCAAAACUGUUAGAACCAUGGGAGGUUAUAAAUAGCCAUGGUGGAGGUCCAUAUGCAGUGAGAACAUUAUUGGGAUGGGUGGUUAAUGGGCCAUUUAGAGGUGGGAAUAGUGAGGCAGUGACUGCAACUGUUAACACAAUAUCAGUUGCAAAUCUGGAGGAGCUUUCGAUUUCCCAGUAUAACCUGGAGUUCAGUGAGGUAGUGUCAGAAGAGAGGACUGAGCUAUCAGUAGAAGAAAAACAGUUUUUAGAGAUAGCCAAUGAGGCAGUCCUACAGGACGGACACUACAGCCUGAAAUUACCCUUCAGAAAACCCACGGUCAACCUACCCAACAACCGCCCAAGUGCCAAACAGCGCCUCCACAGCCCGAGAAGAAAAAGGAAAAAGGAACUCCUCUCAGGUCAAACUGCGACCCGUUCACACAGUUACAAUGUGAACAAGGAACUUAAAAAUUUCAGGACCACACUUGGUGGACAGAACACCAUCUUUUGCGAGGCAGAGGCAAACCUCUCCACAGUCUCCCCAGAUCCACAGGACUUAGAGCCGCUGACCCCAAACCACAUUCUCCUUUUAAAAACUCAACCCAUCAUUCCCCCGGGCACCUUCGAGAAAAAGGAUCUCUACGUCAGGCGCCGCUGGAAUCAGGAAAGACUGAAAUGGACCCAAGUGAGGAACAAGCUGCAGCCAGAAGAUGUGGUCCUGGUGGUCGACCUCACAGCCCCAAGGGGCUCCUGGCCAUUGGGCAGAGUACUGGAGACUCGGCCAGAUGGAGGAGGCCUGGUCCGGUCAGUCAAGCUCCAAACAAAGACUUCAGUCAUCGAAAGGCCUAUCACCAAGCUGUGCCGCAUCCUGGAGGCUGAUGGCUGACUGGUCAGUCAUGGAGACCAGACCACGAGAGAGCCAAAGGGACGUAAUGUAUAUACUUUAUUUUCUCUCAAGACUUUGCCUUUUGUUUGUUUAUUAUGGAAUAGGCUCCUUUUUUUGCAUUAAAUUAAUGAAUGUGAUUGAGUCUGUAAAGAUCAAUCAGGGGCCGGUGUGUAGGAGCCAAAUAGAGGGCCAUACUUGAAUUUAUGUUUAUUUUAUUGUUUUUGAGUGAUUCAUGCGUGUAUGUCAGUGUGCACCCUUUACAGGUGGUGAAAAGUUCCCAGGCAGGCCUAUAAGGGGCAGGAGCGCGCUGGGCGCGUGAUUGGCAGUCGGGCACCAGCAUACCGUCUUUGACCUCACCUGUCUGUAGACCUCACCUGUCUGUAGACCUCACCUGUCUGUAGACCUCAGCUUUAUAUAAGCUACCAUUUAUUUUGUUUCCCGAGUAUUCUGUUCCUUAAUUAUUGUAAAUAAAACAAUCUUCAAUAUCGCUGCUGGAUCAGCUUGAAUUAGUGGAGGGAAAGCGGGAAAAGGAAGAAUACGUGACAAGGAAGGCUGUGUAAAA